GCAACUCUCAGUGGGGCGUACUCCCAACUGUCAAAACCUGCCGGAUCCAUCAAAGUCUCUUGAACCACAUUCAUGAGGCCAAGAACCUGAGGCAACGAACCUGACAUGAUGAAUCUGCAUGUCAGAGACUUACACGCAGUCAUCGGCGGAACAUGCGAGCCGUCUCCUCCAAGCCGGCACGGGUUCAGGUAUCAAGUUUAACCUUUGGUGCAUGCGCUGUGCCGCUGCCUGUGGUUUCCCGCUCAACCAUGUCUGCCCCUGGAGAGGUUCUCAGUUUGGUUCCUCCCCGCUCCGAAUGGCGGUUCAGACGGGGAAAAGCCCGCACUGUCCGGAUGAAGGUGCUAGCACUCGGAUAUCCGCGCACUGGAACAUCUUCUCUGCGGAAGGCGCUCAAAAUUCUCGGCUACGACGAGGUCUACCACAUGGAGUCGGUGUUUGAGAAUCCCCACGAUGCGGAUCUCUGGAAGGAAGUGUACCAGACAAAAUACGAGCAGGGGAAGCUGGUUUCGAGAGAGAAAUUCGAUGAGAUCCUUGGUCACUGUGAGGCGACCACCGACGCCCCUCCCAUGAUGUAUGCCGAGGACCUGAUCGCCGCCUAUCCGGACGCAAAAGUCAUCCUCACUCUACGUGACCCGACAAAGUGGUGGAAAUCUUUCCUCUCGACCGUUGCAAGGGUGCCUCAAAACCGCACAUUGGGCCUCGCCAUGAAGCUUGAUUAUUCCGGUGUCCGGCACCUUGGGGGAAUGGCGAAACAGAUGGGUCGGCAACUGUGCGGACCGGAAGCGACGGCCCAAGGCGCCCAGGCCCGUUUUGUUGCGCACUACGACCACGUCCGCGCGUUGGUGCCUAGAGAGAGGCUUCUCGAGUUCGAUGUCAAGGACGGAUGGGAAUCGCUGUGCCCGUUCCUUGGUGUGCCGAUCCCCGAUUGCGAGUAUCCGUACUCGAACGACAGCGCGAUCUUCAAUCAGAGGAUCACCGCGACAGGCCGAGCUGCCCUCUGGCGUGUUGCCGGGGAUCUCGUCGUUCCCGUGUUAGGAUUGCUAGCUGUCGGCCUGGCUGCAUAUUUCAGCUCGGCAAAGUUUUAGUCGCUAGAAGGCAACAUUCAUGAUUUGUGUCCUUGUACAUUCGUGGCGACAAUUGGGUACGCUUCGAUAAGUAAUCUCAGGCUAACAGCUUGUAUCAAUACGCAGCGAUCGAUUUCUGACCAAUGCUGCUCUAGGAUCGAGCCGCCUGUUUGAGAAUCCAGACUGGUGAGGGCUUUGAUAAUGAGUAACGAUAUAUAUGGGUACUUCAUAUUGGCCGAUACCGCAGCAGAAAUCAAUGAUCUUGGGCUUCAGGA